GAACACGGCCUAAUUCUCUCUCAUCUCAUCUUGUUCAGUACCCUCUAUCUGACUUUCUCUCUCCAAAAUUAGUUCCAAACCAAACCCUAACCAGUUCCGUUCCCAACUGGGAACAAAGAGAGAAGCAUUGGGAUUCGAUUCCCGUAAGUUAAAUGCGUGUUGCUACACAUUACGGCGAAGGAACUUCGAUCUUCGUUAUCAACGAUGGAUGUCUGGAACGAAGAUUUUUUGGAGCUGGACGUUGGGAGUUCCGUGGAGUCGUUCCAGAGGUUUUUGGUUUCGCAAAGAGAACUCUUCCACAGCCAGAUCCACCAGUUUCAGGAAAUCGUCGUCACACAAUGCAAACUCACCGGCGUCAAUCCUCUCUCUCAGGAAAUGGCAGCUGGUGCUCUGUCAAUAAAAAUUGGGAAAAGACCUAGGGAUUUAUUAAAUCCAAAGGCUGUAAAUUACAUGCAAUCGGUUUUUUCCAUUAAAGAUGUCAUUAGCAAGAAAGAAUCUCGUGAGAUCAGUGCUUUAUUUGGUGUCACUGUCACACAGGUGCGAGAUUUUUUUACUAGUCAACGUUCAAGAGUGAGGAGACUAGUGCAGUUGUCAAGGGAGAGGGCUUUAAUAUCUAAAUCUUGUGAAGAAUCUCAUGAUGAUCAAAUAAACACUGAUCCAGUGAGACCAAUAAAUCUGGCUCCCUUAGAUUCUGCUGGCCCCACCAAUGCUGAAGAAGCAUCUUGUUCAGCACAGGAAGCAGAUUUGUCUGACUUAGAUGACUCAGAUAAACAAUUCGUUGAUAACAUUUUUAGUUUAAUGCAGAAAGAGGAGACGUUUUCUGGGCAGGAGAAAUUGAUGGAGUGGAUAUUGACAGUACAGAAUUUUUCAGUAUUGUUGUGGUUUUUGACCAGAGGGGGUGCAAUGACUUUAGCAACUUGGUUGAGUAAAGCUUUUGUUGAAGAGCAAACGAGUGUCCUUCUUCUUAUCUUGAAGGUUCUUUGUCAUUUACCUUUACAUAAAGCUCUUCCUUCACAUAUAUCAGCUAUAUUGCAGAGUGUUAAUAGACUAAGAUUCUACAGGACAUCAGACAUAUCAAACAGGGCAAGGGUUUUGUUGUCAAAGUGGAGCAAAUUAUUAGCAAGGAACCAAGCAAUUAAAAAGCCCAAUGGUGUUAAACCUUCUAGUGAUGGUCAAAAAGCGAUAAUGCUUUCUCAGAGUAUUGGUCAAUUUAUGGUUUCUGAAUCAUGGCAUUCAAAUAUUGAUGUUCCUGAAGAUAUUCUUGCUCUCUCAAAUGAAUGUUCAGAUAAUGUCAGGAAAGGGGAAUCUUCACAAUCUGUGAAAUUGUUGCCUCCCAGCUCAGACGAUUCUAAAAAGCCCACCCUUGGUGUAUCUUCAUCUCAAUCUAGAGAGCGCAGGAAAGUGCAACUGGUGGAACAGCCAGGCCAAAAAUCGGUGAGCAGAAGCUCACAAGGGACAAGAGCAGGGCCUGUAAGUCAAGGCCGACCCAUGUCUGCUGAUGAUAUCCAGAAAGCAAAAAUGCGUGCAUUAUUUAUGCGGAGUAAGUAUGGGAAAGCUGGCUCUUCGAAAGAAAGUAAAGAAACAAAGAUUGAUAGUCUGAAUAAACCUCAGACAAACCAGGCCAGCAUUGCAGCUUGCUCUGCUAAAGUUCCUACUUCACUCAAAAUUGAAGACAAGAAACCUCUGUUACUUGCCUCUAAAACCACUAAUAGGCCAGAAGCUUCUUAUUCAAAACCGAAAAUGGAUUUGAAGGAACCUCUUUGGGAGAAGUGCAAGAGGGUGCAAAUCCCAUGGAAAACACCAGCAGAAGUUAAACUUCAAGAUACGUGGAGAGUUGGUGCCGGUGAAAAUAGCAAAGAGGUUGAUGUCCAGAAAAACAGAAACCGCAGGGAAAAAGAAACUAUAUAUAAGAUUGUCCAAGAGGUACCUUCUAACCCCAAGGAGCCGUGGGACCUCGAAAUGGACUAUGAUGACACUUUGACACUGGAAAUUCCCAUUGAGCAGCUACCAGACGGUGAUGGUGCAGAAAUAGCAGUUGCCCCCAACCAGGUUGCAACUCAUAUUGUUCAGGGGGUGGCCUCCACAUCUACAGCUACUGCUGAACCUGAUUUAGAAUUGCUUGCCGUACUGCUAAAAAAUCCGGAGUUGGUGUUUGCCUUAACUUCUGGACAAUCUGGUAGCAUACCAAGUGAUGAAACCGUGAAGCUGCUUGACAUGAUCAAGAGAGGAGGAUUGAACUUGGGUUUAAGUGAAAAUACAAAUGGCAAUUAUGGAAUGAGUGUAAAGGCUCCGGAGAAGGUGGAAGUUUCUCUCCCAUCGCCAACUCCUUUAAGCGAUCCAAGAACGAGUGGAUGGAGCACAGCAGCAUCAAAAAAUCCUUUUUCACGGCGACCUGAUAGAUUUAUCCAGAGCCCUGCUGCAGUGGCAACAACCAACUCAUUAUCUCAGAUUCCGAUAACUGGCACUACAGUAAGGCAACAGCCAACAGUUGCGGCUCCAUCAUUGAGGCAGCUCACCACCUCAUCGGUUUCUCCAUAUUCACUGCCUCAGGCAACUAAUAUUGUUCCUGAAAAGCAACCAUCACUCGCUCAUUCAUCUGUGCAUAUGCAAACACCGUCCUCAGAUAUAGGUUUAACCAUGAAGAAGAACUUAAUCACUGCAAAUGCAUCUUCAGUUAACUUACCUGGCACACAUUCAUCUCUAGCAAUGCGAGCUGAUGGCACGAAUUACUUAAAACCUGUUCCUAAUUUGAGUGUACAACAAGAGGGUUUGUCUAAUUCAUUCUCGCAACCCUUUAUGUUACCCUCACCAACGCCACCAUCACAUUCAGCCACACCGCAACGAAGACAUCCACAAUUGGUUCCGGAAGCUCAUUACACUGAACCUUCCUAUCGUAACUCUGUCAAUUCCUACCCACCACAAACCGAAAAAUCAGGUCACGUGUCAGAUAUGUGGAGAAUUAGACAGGAUAUUUCAUCCAGUUAUCAUUCUCAACGAAAUCAUAACAACUAUAACACAAUGGUUGGGGGAUCCAUGCAAUCCGGUUCUUGGGAUAGAAAUAAUCAUGGAAGGGAAGAAUUUGAAUCAUGGAGUCCGGAGAAUAGUCCAACUAGAAAUCCUAGGUAUGUUCCUGGUAGAAAUUUCCCAGAGUCCAGAAUGAAUCACGCCAGAAAUCAUAGACCUGAAUGGUCAAGGCAGCGGGGUUCUUCUGGACACUGGGACCCUGGUAGACAGGGGAACAGAAGGUGGCAUGAUCAGAGACGAUAGAUUUUAUGUUCAGAUUGGUUUGGUCUAAACGCAUUUUACCUGAUUUAUUGAUUUUCUGGAGGAUGUAUAGAGUUGGAUUCUGAUAGCAAUGGUAUUCCUUUUAGUGAUUGGAGAGUGGAGAUGGGAUCUAAACCCCCGUAUGAAGUGAUUGUAGGAAAAAUGGAUAAUAGUUCAGCUAGCACCGUUGCAGUGUCUGGAAUGUCAUGAGUUUGACUAGUUUGUCAAUUGUAAAAAAAAAAAAAAAAAAUCUAAAUUUU